AUAAAAUUCCGUUUUCCGAUCAUAAAACAAAGGAAUUCUCAUUCCUACGGAAUCCGGUCGGUCAGCCCGGGCAGCCAGCCAGGUAGGGUUCUUCUCUCUUCUUCCCCUCUCUUCCUAUCUGUCCGCCCGUAAUUAUCUGGUCAGCGGGCAGCUGGGAAGAAGAAGAAGAAAGAAAGAAGGUAGAUUAGCAGUUCUCUUGCACGGAAAGUUCUUUUUCUAUCUUGAAAAGUGAAGAGAUAGGGAGACCUUUUGGGUGGUGGGUGUGUUUUGGUAAUUAUUGGUUUUGAGUUUUCGGGCAGGUGUUGGGAUUUUUCGGGUUUUUUUUGGGAUGGGAUUCGAGGAUGAGGUGCAGGGAGGGGGUGGUGGUGGAGGGAUAUUGUGGGGAUUUCGGAGUUUGAUCAGGAGAAAACAGGUGGAUAAUUCUAGUCACGUGGGGGUGCACGGGCAGAAGCAGCAGCAGCUGGCUAAGGAGUUGUCUGUUCUUCAGCUCAUUGCAAUUGGUGUUGGAUCAACUAUUGGGGCUGGAGUCUAUGUUCUUGUUGGAACAGUUGCUCGGGAGCAUUCAGGACCGUCUCUGACUAUUUCCUUCCUUAUAGCUGGAAUAGCCGCUGCUCUUUCAGCAUUUUGCUAUGCAGAGCUCGCAAGCCGUUGUCCAUCUGCUGGGAGUGCUUAUCAUUAUUCAUACAUAUGUGUUGGAGAAGGUGUUGCUUGGCUGAUUGGUUGGGCCCUUAUACUGGAAUAUACAAUUGGCGGCUCGGCUGUUGCACGUGGCAUCUCCCCAAACUUGGCCUUGUUCUUUGGAGGCCAAGAUAGUCUGCCAGCCUUUUUAGCCCGUGCAUACAUUCCUUGGCUUGAUAUUGUGGUCGACCCUUGUGCUGCGAUUCUUGUUUUCAUUGUCACUGGGCUCUUAUGUGUGGGAAUCAAGGAGAGUACACUUGUGCAAUCCAUUGUCACAUCGGCAAAUGUCUGUGUUAUGGUUUUUGUAAUCAUAGCUGGAGGGUACCUUGGUUUUCAGACCGGAUGGGCUGGAUACGCUCUUCCUACAGGAUACUUCCCAUUUGGAGUAAAUGGCACGCUUGCUGGAUCUGCAACCGUUUUCUUUGCAUACAUAGGCUUUGAUUCAGUUGCAAGCACAGCUGAAGAGGUGAAGAAUCCCCAGCGUGAUUUGCCACUUGGUAUAGGAAUUGCGCUAUCCAUAUGUUGCUCUCUGUACAUGCUGGUAUCUGUUGUUAUUGUUGGUCUAGUACCUUAUUAUGCAAUGGAUCCCGACACCCCAAUUUCAUCCGCAUUUUCCAGCCACGGGAUGCAAUGGGCAGCAUACGUUGUCACGGUUGGAGCAGUUACUGCACUUUGCUCGACCUUGAUGGGUUCGAUACUUCCUCAGCCUAGAAUACUGAUGGCUAUGGCUAGAGAUGGAUUGCUGCCAUCAUUUUUCUCUGAUGUUAGCAAAAGUACCCAAGUUCCUGUCAAGAGCACGAUACUUACUGGGGUAUGCGCUGCAAUCUUGGCAUUCUGUAUGGAUGUUUCUCAACUGGCAGGCAUGGUCAGUGUAGGCACGCUUCUUGCAUUCACCAUCGUUGCAGUUUCCAUUUUGAUACUCAGAUAUGUCCCUCCAGAUGAGGUACCAAUGCCAUCAUCGCUGCAGGAUUCAAUUGAUUCCGUGUCGUUGCGAUAUAGUACUCAGGAAAAUGAGGGUGGAAGCUCAAAAGAUCUUAUCUGUGAUACCAAUCAAGAAAAUGAUGCAGUAGUGUUAGCUGGUUGUCCUCUUAUUGCGAAGGAAAGGGAGCAAGAAAAAUUGAAGGAACAAAAGCGGCGGAGAAUAGCGGGUUUGAAUAUUGCAUUUGUGUGUAUUGGUGUCCUCUUGCUUACUUCUGCAGCUUCAGCUGAAUACUUGCCGAGCCUUCCGAGAUUCUCACUUUGUAUCAUUGGCGGCUUGCUUCUAUUAUGUGGCUUGAUCGUCCUCUCUUGUAUCGAACAAGAUAAUGGCCGGCACAGCUUUGGACACACAGGAGGUUUCAUUUGCCCCUUCGUUCCUCUCCUUCCCAUUUCUUGCAUUCUCAUAAAUGCAUACUUACUAAUCAAUCUUGGUGCUGGGACGUGGAUCCGUGUUUCCAUAUGGCUGGUAAUUGGAGUGUUUGUUUAUUUAUUCUACGGACGGACGCAUAGCUCGCUGUCAGAUGUAGUUUACGUGCCCACUGCUCAUGCGGAUGAGAUAUAUAGAAGCUUCUCAGAACCUACAGUAUAAGAGAAUACCAUCCAGCAACCCUCUCUGCCCGAGAAUGAGGAUGUGGACCUUUCUAGUGUUGUAUUACUUGUUGCUUGAAUAUCAAUAUUUUCUUUUGUAUUUAUUAAGUUGUCAUGUGGCCCACAUGCAUUCAACACAUGGACGUCAGGGAUGUGCCUCAAACAAGAGCCACCGUUGGAUGAUCUGGCCCAAAGAGUCAAGUGGGUCCACUCAUCAGACAGUCCAAACAUGUAUGUUGAUGGUUGGCAUUCUUUCCUAGACAACACGUUUGUUGCCUUACUAUUGAGUUGUCUGGGCUGAUUCUUGGGGAAAUGGAGGGCCCAACUGAUGAACGGUUUGGAAGUGGGGGCGCCUGUGGGACCCAUCAACAUACAUGUUCUGGGUCAUUGAACAUUUGUAUUUGUUAAUAUGUUAUCUGUAUAGUGAUAUACAUUGGGUGUUGCCUUA